AUGGAAGCGAAGAAGGUUUUGUCACUAUACCCGAAUGUGAUGCAAUGGAAUGAUUCAGCUGGCCAAGAGGCCUUUAACAAUGCCAAGCACCGGUUUUGGGCAACUAUCAAUGGCCUCCCGUUCGAUAUAGAUCUCCCUGAUCCAGACACAUACAUAAAUGAAAUAGACUGGAACUGUACUGUUGAUCAGGACCUGCUAGCAGAUUUAGAUCGAGCACUACUACAUUCUGAUGAUGACGAUGAGAAAGAGGAGAAGUCUGUGCUUAUUGGUGAUUCUGUCUUCUUCUUAAAUCAACUAGUUCCAUGCUCCGGAUGGGGUGAUGAUGCAGAGGAAGAUCUAGCCAGAAUUGAGGACAAUACUGCUGACAAUCCUUGGGAGUGUGAAUGUGCUGCUUGGAGGAAUUUGUUAGAUAAUAAUACCACAUGGGGAGACACCAGAGGUAGCUCAUUGUUGAAGAAGAAGAAGAAGAAGAAUACCAAUAACUGGGAGAAUCCAAAACCCAACGGGAUUAAUGCAAGUUGGGGAAACAUUUCCAGGUAUUCAUGCGGGCCAAUUAGUCAUCAUGGAUCCAGGGAAGCAGGCCAAUUAGUCAUUGUGGAUCCAGGGAAGCAGGCAAUCUGUGGAGUUGGGAGAAUACCAAUAACUGGGAGAAUCCAAAACCCAGCAGGAUAA